AGCGUGCGAGGGUGCGCGCGUGCGCAGGCUUUGCAGUUCGGGACGAGGCAGUUCAGGACUGGGGAUCGCUGCCGAGAAGCCGCCAGGUUCGCUCUAGGUCCUCGCCGCCAGUCGCGCCGCCCACCCAGCGUCCGCCGCCGCCGCUGCCACCGCCAUGGGAGUGCAGGUGGAGACCAUCUCCCCCGGAGACGGGCGCACCUUCCCGAAGCGCGGCCAGACCUGCGUGGUACACUACACGGGGAUGCUUGAAGAUGGAAAGAAAUUUGAUUCCUCCCGGGACAGAAAUAAGCCGUUCAAGUUUAUGCUAGGCAAGCAGGAGGUGAUCCGAGGCUGGGAAGAAGGAGUUGCCCAGAUGAGUGUGGGUCAGCGAGCCAAACUGAUCAUCUCUCCAGAUUAUGCAUAUGGUUCCACUGGCCACCCUGGCAUCAUCCCACCAAAUGCCACUCUCGUCUUUGAUGUGGAACUUCUAAAACUGGAAUGACAGGAAUGGCUUCCUCGUUAAGCUCCCUGUUCUGGGAUGUGCCAUGGAGGGAUCUGGUGCCUCCAGAAAUGUACAUGCGAACCCAUGAGGAGCUUUUCUGGAUGUUCCACUACACUAUUUGUAUAAACAUCUACCCUGACUGAAUGUGUUCUACCACCCAGCUUUGCUCUUUCCCCUUCUCUUUGUGUGUGUGUGCUGACCUAAACUAUAUGCCAUAAACCUCAAGUUACUCGUUUUAUUUUGUUUUCACUUCGGGGUGAAGAUUUAGUUUCAGUCUUUUGGAUAUCAGUUUCCAGUUAAGUAUUAGUCAAGUGUUAACAGCACAAGCAAUGGGUUAACUUUAGAGUAGGAAUUGGUAUGGGGGUGGGUUGCAAGAUUUUUUAAAUUUUAUUUUUGGGGGUGGGGUGGGGUGAAAUUUUUAUCUAUUAUAUAUUAAACAUUCUUGCUGCUGCGCUGCAAAGCCAUAGCAGAUAUGAGGCGCUAUUGAGGGCCAAAUUAUUCUCCAAGUUGAGAGAUGUCCUUGGGUUGAAUUAACUGAAGUUGGGGGUGGAAGGGAGUCUUUGCUUCCAGUGCCGCCACCCACCAUCUCCUUAAAUCCUCUGCCUUUUGAAAGCAGAUUGUUUUCACUGCGGAAGUUGGACACUACAGGUAUUUGUCCUCAGGCCUGUAGGGACUGCUGAAGUCUUGUUUGGCCUGAUCUUUUUUUUUCUUUAUUUCUUUCAUCCUGUGGUUUUUCUAAUGGAUAUUCAGGAUUUUUGUAAUGCCAUAGCUAUCCAAACUUCAUUUCCUAAAUUUUAAGAACUUUAAUUGAAAGUUUAAAUUGAAGGUGCUGUUUGUAGACACUUAAUACCCAAUGAAAGCCCAGUCAUCAUGACAAAUCCUUGAGUGUUCUCUUAAGAAAAUGAUGCUGGUCAUCGCAGCUUUAGCAUCUCCUGUUUUUGAUGCUCUGCUCUCCUGCCAAUCUCAGUUUCUUGGCUUUUUUCUUCCUCCCCUCUCACCCCUUUGCUGUCCUGUGUAGUGAUUUGGUGAGAGAGAUUAUUGCUGCCUACCUUCCCCCCACUCCCUUGCACUACAUUUGAGUUUCAAGUUUUAUUAUUGCAAUAAAAGUGCUUUAUGCUGGCUUUUCUCA